AUUUUUGGAGCACAGUUCAAUUUAGUCUCCACUGAGACGUCGAAGUGUGCGGUUGAGUGUGUCUCUCUGUGUGACUCUUUUUUCAAACCGCAGAAACUAAUUAUUGUGAAAAGAAAAUCAUUAAAAAAUAAUACUUCCAAUUUACAAUUAAUUAGUGUUAAAAAAUUAAAUAAAUCAAUAUUAUUAAUUUGUGAUUAAUGUUGAAUUAAAUUUAAAAAAAAAAUAAACUUGUGUUAAAUAAUUUUGAACAAGUGUUAAAUUGAAAAAUAAAAAUAAAAAAAGGACAAAGACAGUUGGUGGUAAAUAAAAAAAAGAAAAGUGAAAAUUUAGUGAAAGUUUUUCUAUCUUCUCUGAGAAAAAAAUAAAAAAAAUAAAAUGAUGCACACGAUGGGUGAGCAUGCAGGGGGCCCUGGUAACCUUGGUAUGAUUCCCUUCGAUGGUAUGGCCCUUUAUGAACAACCAAGACCAAGAUUUGUCUUCAAGAUGCCCCGUGUUGUACCCGAUCAAAAAGCUAAAUUUGAAAGUGAUGAAUUAUUUAGACGCUUGAGUCGUGAAUGCGAGGUAAGAUACACUGGUUACAGAGAUCGACCCUUGGAAGAAAGACAGGGUCGUUUUCAAAAUGGAUGUCGAGAGGGUCAUACUGAAAUUGCAUUUGCUGCAAUGGGAACAAAUCUUCAAUUAACAUUUGGUCCCGCCGCUGGAAAUUACUCAAAUGAGCCAAGUCAAUGUGACUUUGACAAAGAACACGGAAAGGUCCACUUGAGAUCUCAUUUGAUAAUGAAUGGUGUUUGUGUGAGGUGGCGUGGCUGGUUGGAUCUUGAACGUCUUGAUGGUGUUGGUUGUUUGGAAUUUGAUGAAGAUGCUGCUGCCCAAGAAGAUGCACAAUUACGUAAUCAAUUGAGUCGUUAUAAUGAACGUAUACGUCAAUUUGAAGAAAAACAAAGAGCAUAUAGAAAUGCAGCAGCUCAACAACCUCAUCAUAAUCAUCAUCAUUUGUCUCAUCAUCAUCUUGGUCAUCAUGUUACUGGUACUGGUAAUGUGCCUUCAGUUGAACAUCAUCUUUCUGGUCAUCGUCAAGAUCCAGAAAUGGAGGUCAGACUACGUGCUUACUAAAAAUUAAACAAUAUUUAUUUAAAUUUCAAUGCAAGUAACACUUGUGUUGCAUGCAUUCUAUUAGCCAAAAAAAAAAAAAAAACGAAAUUAA